ACGAUACGCUACCUUCGUCAACAAAACAACGACCGGCUCUCUAUAAUUUAGAUCCGAGUCCCUGUAGCUCACUUGCCCGGGGGAAAACGAAGAACUUGAGAAUAAAUCGGAGGGAGAGAGAGAGAGAGAGAGAGAGAAUGCAUUUCAGCGAGAACGAGGGCAUUGAAGGGAAAAAGUUCGUCGUCACCGGAGGUCUAGGGUUCGUGGGGUCGGCGCUGUGCUUGGAGUUAGCGAGGAGAGGAGCUGACGAGGUCCGAUCACUAGAUCCUCGGCCCUCCUCCCCUUGGUCGAUCGAGCUCAAGAAAGCCGGCGUCCAGUUGAUCAGAGGGGAUGUGUGUGAGAAAAAGGAUGUCAAAAAGGCCUUAAGUGGGGCAAAUUGUGUUUUCCAUCUUGCCUCCUAUGGCAUGUCAGGGAAAGAAAUGCUCCAAGCAGGACGUGUGGACCAGGUUAACAUAAAUGGAACCUGUAAUAUAUUGGAUGCAUGUCAUGAGGCUGGGAUCAAAAGGCUUGUUUACGUGAGUACAUACAAUGUAGUUUUUGGUGGGAAGGAAAUUGUAAACGGGAAUGAAUCAUUGCCAUAUUUCCCCCUUGAUGAACAUGUUGAUCCUUAUGGUCAAAGUAAAUCUGUUGCAGAGCAGCUUGUUCUCAAAAGCAAUGGUCGCCCAUCCAGGAAUAAUAGUGGAGUUCGUCUUUAUACUUGUGCAAUUCGACCUGCUGCCAUCUAUGGACCAGGUGAGGAGAGGCAUCUGCCAAGGAUACUCUCCCUUGCAAAGAUGGGUCUCUUAUCCUUCAAUGUUGGUGAUUCAAGUAUUAAGACAGACUGGGUUUAUGUGGAUAACCUCGUGCUUUCACUGAUAAUGGCAAGCAUGGGGCUAUUAGAUGAUAUUCCUGGUCGAAAACAUCCUAUUGCUGCUGGCCAGGCAUAUUUCAUUUGUGAUGGGGCACCAGUCAACACAUUUGACUUUAUCAUUAGUCCUCUUCUUCAAAAAUUGGAUUAUGAUUUGCCAAAGAUUACAUUGGAUGUCAAACAUGCAUUAUUCAUGUCUCGAAUAAUUGCAUUUAUAUAUACGCUGCUAUAUCCAUGGCUUAACUGCCGCUGGCUUCCUGGGCCUCUUCUUCUUCCUGCCGAAGUUUAUAAGAUUGGUGUUACCCAUUACUUCUCCUAUCUGAAAGCAAGGGAGGAGCUUGGCUAUAUCCCAAUGGUGAGCCCUAGUGAUGGCCUCUCCAAAACAAUCUCAUACUGGCAAGAGAGGAAGAGGAGAGAAAUCGAAGGCCCAACUAUAUUCACAACGUUCCUCGUGCUCUUCGGCAUGUUUGCAUUAUUCUGUGCAGCUUUUCUCCCGCCUCUCGGUCCAGUGAAGUGGGUAUAUAACCUCUCUAUGUUCAUGUUCCGAUCUUUAUGGAUGACUAGAUUGGCGUUCGUUGCAGCAGUAGCUUGUCAUGUUGGUGAGGGUAUUUAUGCUUGGUAUUUAGCGAGAAGAGUGGAUCCCCAGAACGCUCUAGGGUGGUUUUGGCAGACCUUUGCUCUUGGGUUUUUCUCCUUGAGAUUUCUUCUCAAGAGAGCAAAAAGUAAUUGAUAUCAAUCGCAGGACAACUGCUUGCUUGUUUACCAUAGAUUUUGUGGUAUAAUGUCAGGAGAGUGUAUUUGUAACCUACGUUGUACAAUUGUGAUGCUUAUGAAGUGCAGGAUUAGUUCAAAUCGGGUACUGUAUUUUCUGCUACUGGUUUCAGUGGCAGCAAGGGAAAUUUCUAUGGAUUGAGGAUUAUAUAGUGAGCAAGAAGGGGAGAAUAA